CUCGUAUUUGCUUAACAAAAACAACAAUUCUUCUCGGUUAGCAGACCUCAAGAAAUCAAGUAAAGGAAAAUAAUCCCAUUGGUUUGGAAGGCAACGGAUCACUUAGGAGUAGUAUUUUUACCAAGGAUCAAGAUCCAAUCUUGCAGUUCCCUCAAUUUAUUUCCUGCAUUAUUUGGGGGAAAGAAGCACCAGGAACCGAAGAUUUGCCCCCAUUAAAAAGUCCAACAAGUUUUUUUAGUUUCCAUGGCAAAUGGUUUGAGAAGAAACCAAUCCACCAAGAUUCUCGACCCGAAGAAUCUUCUCCUCUUCCUCUCCACCUCCCUCCUCCUCCUCAUCUUCUUCUACCUUGCCUCUCAAACCCAGAACCAAUAUCCAAGAACCCUCAAAUCUGUCAAAAAUCCGAUCUUUGAGCGCUCUCUAAAGCCGUUUGAUUGCUACUCCUCACCUCAAGCGCACCCUGUGAUUGCAAAUCUAGUGGAAGGUCUCAAAUACCCGUUCCUCUUCUCCCUCUCAGACUUCGGAAAUUUACCAGAAAAGCCACACAAGAAUAUCAACCGGACACUGAAGGGAAAGCCCUUCAGGAAGCCUGACAUAUCUGAGACUGUGCAACGGUUGUUGGAGAAAAUGAAGGAGGAUGGCAGAAAUGGGAUUUUUGUGGACGUGGGGGCUAAUGUGGGAAUGGCCACAUUUGCAGCUGCUGUUAUGGGGUUUAAAGUUCUUGCCUUUGAGCCUGUUUUUGAGAACUUGCAGAAGAUCUGUGAAGGGGUUUACUUCAAUAGAGUUGGGGAGUUGGUGGAAGUCUACGAAGCUGCAGCUUCUGAUCGAUUAGGAAACAUUACAUUUCACAAGCUGGUUGGCCGGCUUGAUAAUAGCGCGGUGUCAGCCACUGGCGCAAAGUUAGCAUUCAAGUCAAAUGAAGAGAUUGCAGUUGAAGUAAAGACGGUUCCUCUAGAUGCCAUGGUUAUGGAGUCAGAAUCUGUUCUGCUGGUCAAAAUAGAUGUCCAGGGGUGGGAGUAUCACGUUCUCAAGGGUGCCUCAAAGUUACUGUCAAGAAAGGCAGGUGAGGCCCCUUACCUAAUCUAUGAGGAAGAUGAACGCUUAUUACAAGCAAGCAAUAGCAGUGCAAAGGAGAUCAGAGACUUUUUACAUACCAUUGGGUACAACCAUUGCACUAAGGUUGGAACUGAUGCUCACUGUACAAAGACAGAUUGAUACAGUUUCAUUCGACUUUUUCUUUUUGGGAAAUUGGAUGUAGCCAAGCAACAGUUUCUUGGUGAGGCAAUUACUCAAAAGCUACUGGUGGUUUAUUAGAACUCACUUUGACACUAAAGAAUUGCUUCAUGACAGAGUGGGGGUUUGCUGUCUGCUUGACGACAUAGCUUAGAGAAUACCCGACAUUGAUCAAAGUGGGAGGAUAUAAGGAUUGGUGUUUUAGAAUUGCUUUGCAGGUUGAUCAUCUUGGACUCUUGGAAUGAGAGCAUAUGUACUGUAUUCUUUUUUUCCAUUAAAAUGUUAAGCUUCAUUGAUUCUUUUGCUAAAUUGUGAGCUUCCACAAGUCUUGAAUUUCUUGUGUAGAUAUCAUUCAUCACUUUCAAUGCAAAUCACCAUCGAGAAGUCGAGAACAGCUAUCAUAUCAACUUUGGAAAAGAUGAUAAUGCAGCUUGAUUGUUUGUUUCAGCAGUCUAGAACACAAUAUUAAGCUGGGCCAUGUAUUUCUCCCACACAAAAAAGAAAGGACUGUUUGUAUAAUGACUGAAGCGAACUUUGGUUGGUUAAUGUGCA